UUUUAGAAAAUCGACCCAGAAAUCCCUUGACCAGCUGGAAGACUCCUCCGAAUCCGAGGGCACGCGAGGGGUUCAGGCGACCGGCGGCGAGCAUGGCGGCGGACAACAGCCGCGCGACGGCGGCCCUGGACGAGGCUCUCAAGCCCUUCCAGGAAAGAGCCUCCGAGGCUGAGAUACGCAUAGCAAAGCUGGAAGCCUUGCUGUCCAACAUAGAUGUCCUGAACAACGGAUCAGAGACGAGUUCUUCUGCCAUGAAAGAUCUUCAGUCAAAGCUAGACGCAGUUAGUGCAGAAUGCCUGACCGAAAAAGAGAAGAACAAGAAGCUAAUCAUGGAGAACGAGAAGCUCCAGUACCGCAUCACCCAUCUUAUCCGUGCAAUAAAAGAGGCAGAAUCAAGAUAGAAGAAGCCCGACGAGGCCGAUUUAAAGCCUGAUGUUCAAGUAUCCUAUCUUGCUGUUGAGCUUAAACUACUGUUGUGAUAUUGAUAUAGGUCUCGGUCAAAACUGCAUCGAUCUGUCGAUCAGGAUGCUAUGCAUGCGAUCGUCUGUUUUCACCUGACCCCAUUUUGGUAAGGUGUUGAGCGUUGAACCGUGGUCCGUGGAAUGUGGUACCUGAAUUAACUGUCCAUAUGUUAUCAUGUACUGGCGUUUGGUAAUCUGCUCAGCUGACAAUUGAGCCGGGUGGUUGAAAGAAAGAAAGAGGGCUUUCACUGAUA